AUUGAGACUUCAAGUCAAGCUUCUAACCUUAGUUGCCAGCGACAGCUGAUCAAGCGAAACAGGCCAGUUCGCGAGUACGAUCAUAUCGCAUAUAUAUUGAAUAAAUAUCUUUCAGAGACGACUGGGAUUGCCGGAUGUUUUUUGUUUGCUGUUUUCUGGCUUUUCCGUUGAUAACCCAGCGUUAAAUGUAAAGAACCUUUUUGUUGCCCUCAGAUAUGGCAUUUUGCAUUGUUGCUUCAUUCUAUUUAACCUUCGCUUUAUUACACAUUUGUCCAUUGGCUAUAAAAUGCCUUGUCCACAGCCUGCAAUGACUGCAGGCGCUGUAAUGAAGGUGUGCAGGCCGUGUCUGAAAUGCCCGAAAGCUGCGCUACGUGCUGUGCAGAACCGCUGGGGUGUACAAGCCAAGCCUGCAAGGCCAAGACCUUUUACAAACACUACUCGAAGAUGCGAUUCGCAGUUAUCGAUGCAACUCAUAGACACCAGGGUUUCUAGGAAAACAAGAGGCCGUCUAGGAGAAAUCAUCGCUGCAUUGGCCGUUAUAGCCGCAGCGCACUACAGUUUGGUGAAACCAUUGAAGUGCGACGCUGGUGACAAAAUUGAUGAGCACAACUACCAGCCUAGUGGUCGACCCGAAUUGAUAUCGUUCCAUGAAGUCCAAAGACACAAAUCCUCAGACGAUUGCUGGAUAAUUAUCAAGGGUCAUGUAUAUGACAUAACAAAUUUUAUUCGAUCACAUCCUGGUGGUGAACAUGCUAUUCUUGAACAAGCAGGGCAAGAUGUUACUGGAAAGUUUGCAAUGCUGCAUCCUCCAAAUGCAUUAGAAUCGUUGCCAUCAGAAAUGCUGCUAGGUCCAGUAGAUCCCACAACACUACCCGCUCCGGAAGAGAAGGUCUUCACUGAGGAUGAGCGUCAGCGCCAGGAGGCACGAGGGGACAUGCCCGUAGCGCAGAAGUUCUUGCUCUUACAAGAUUUCGAGUACUGGGCUGAACGUGUGUUGAGCAGUACAGCAUGGGCGUAUUAUCGCAGUGCAUCUGAUGAGGAGCGGACUUUUUAUGAGAACCGAAACGCCUUUACUCGCUACUUCUUCCGUCCUCGAGUCCUUCGAGAUACUAGCAGCGGAUCAACCGAGACCUCAUUCAUUGGCUUGUCGUCAUCGAUGCCUAUUUUCAUCUCGCCUGCCGCCAUGGCAAAACUUGGUCACCCAAAUGGAGAAAUCAAUCUCACAAAAGCGGCUGGAGAGCAUGGAAUCAUUCAAGUGAUCUCUUCAAAUGCAUCAUGCAGCCUUGAGGAGAUGUUCGAUGCGCGAAAAGAAAACCAAAGCCUCAUAUUCCAGCUUUAUCUGAAUAAGGAUCGCUCAGUAUCCAAGUCUCUUAUCAAGAAAGUUGAAAAGCUUGGCGCAAAGGCCAUCAUGUUUACAGUUGAUGUCUGCUGGCAAUCGAAGAGGACAUUGGAUGUGCGAUCGAAAUCUGGUUCUCAAGCUUACGUCCCACCAACCUCCUCGCCCAAGGGAGUUUCCCAAGCAAUUAGUGGAUAUCAAGACACGAAUUUGACCUGGAAGGACAUCUCAUUCAUUCGAAACAAUACCGAUUUGCCAAUCAUCGUCAAGGGUGUGCAAUGUCUAGAAGAUGUGGAACUUUGCAUCCAGAACGGAGUAGAGGGUGUUGUUAUUUCCAAUCACGGUGGUCGUCAAGCAGACUAUGCGCCAGCUCCAAUUGACAUACUGUACGAGAUACGCAGUCACCGCCCAGAUCUAUUUUCGAAGAUUGACAUCAUGAUCGAUGGUGGAGUUAGAUCUGGGUCUGAUAUUGUCAAGGCUCUUGCUCUGGGCGCCAAAGCUGUAGGCAUUGGUAGACCUUUCCUGUAUGCCAAUGGCACGCAUGGCGAGGAAGGGUGCCGGCGAGUCCUCGAGAUACUAAGCGAGGAGAUCACGAACACAAUGCGUAACAUUGGUGUAAUAAGGGUUAAUGAGCUCAAGCCGGAGAUGGUUGGUCCGUCGGGACCCUGGGUGGGGAUAAAUAGGCCAAUAUACGCGCCCUUGAUAACGCGGACAUGAUCGGUUAGAUAGUGUUAAAGAUAUAGGUAGCAUAAAAUGCUAGGUGCUAAACCACGGCUCUGUCAUCUCUGAGGCUGCCAUUCGACAAGUAGCAUAUCAAUAUGCUACCCCUUUACCUUCGACCAGUACUGCAUCUUCUUCAUAUCUCUAAAUAUCUUGCCCCAUAUGAUCAUGACAAUGUACACGCUGCAUAUCAUCAAAGCCACAAACGCUGCGCUGAUGAAACAGUUUUGGUAUCCGAGGUUCUCAAGCCAUGGGGUGAUACCA